AUGAAUGUUACUCAAUUUUCUGAUGCCCAAAAAGAUCACUAUAUUAUAAUACCUGAAGUUCUACUAGAUGAUGAGGAUCUAGACAAAAUCCCAUUUGAAAAAUUAUUAAAUGGCAAGGAAUCUGAUGAAGCUAUGAUGAAAAGAUGGGAACUUUAUGAUCAACUGCAUUCAUCAUUCCAUGCAGAAGUUGAAAAAAUUGUUGAAAAUAUUGAACAUGACUUAAAAGAUGAAAUAUCAAACGUAUUAUUUAAUGAUCAAAGCUUGAGAAAACCUCGAGCUUGCUUUAAAUCUUUAUUUCUAUUAGGAUCUGAUAGUUCAACAAAGAUAGAAACACCAAAAUCAACAACAAAGGUGUUCAAUAUAUUGAUUGAAUUAACACCUAAAGAGUGUCCCAAUGUUAGAAUGGUACUAAGAAGAUCAAUGUUUGAAUUAUAUUCUACAAUUGAUAAACAAUUAAAAAAUGAAACUUUUAUAGAUAACGAAGAAUUUACUAAGAAAAAUAAAAGAACAGAUUCUUCACAUGAUAAUGAUGAACAAUUAAUUAGGUUAGACACUUCUUAUGACUUAACAUUAUUGGAACAUUUUAAAAAAUUAUUCGGAAGAAACUUAAAUCUGGUAAUAAAUUUUAAAGAAAUGGAUUCAAUCAAUCCAAUAGUCGUUGACAAUUUUAUUAUACUUUUAAAGAAUGCAUUAAAACAUGAACAUAUUGAAAUUAGUUUGGUGUUUAAUAUUAAUACAAACCUUUCAAAUGUUGAGAAAAAUUUUAAGCAUUCAACAAUGAGAUUAUUGAAAAAAAAUUAUCAUAUCUUAGAUGUUUCAAGUAAUAAAGGGUUUAAAUAUGAAAAUCGUAUUUUCCAAAGUUUCCUAGAUACAGUGGACGGUAAAUUAAAUUUAUCUGAUAGAUUUGUUGAGUUCAUUUUGAAAAAAAUAGCUAACACAUCCAAUCAUAGUUUACAAUUAUUAACAAAAAUUUUAGAUUAUGGCUUAAUGGCAUAUUUUUUCCAGAACCCAUUUUCUAUUUUCAUUGAUCCAGUUAAUAUUGAAAUAUUGAACGAUGAUUAUCUAGAAAUAUUAACUAGAUGCCCUACUUUUAUGUUUUUUAUCGAAGGCUUGAUAAAACAACAUGCUCCACAUGAUGAAAUAAUGGGAUUGUUAACUAAUGCUGAUAAUACUUUGGAAGGAUUUUUCACUGAAUUCUUGGUUCGUGAAAAUCCAACUAAUCGACAUGCAAAAUUAGUGUCCACUUUCUUAGAGAAUGAUUUGAAGAUAAAAAAUUAUAAUUUUAUCGAGCUAUAUUAUGAAUUAUUAAAGGAUAAGUUGGAUAAAUAUUUAAGCAAAUGGCCAGAGUGCGAAAAAAAUAAGGAUUUAAACUUUGAACCUGUAGAUACUAUGUUUCAAGAAUUAUUUACCUUGGAUAAUAACAAUAACCUACUUUCUCAAGCUUUAUUCCCCACAUAUAAAAAUAAUAUUGAAGACAACCUAUUACGAUGGGAGGGAGUAUUACCGAGAGAAACAGAUAUAGAUACCAAUACAGUUGAAGCUAUCAAAAAUUUUGGUUAUAAAGUACCUCCAAUAUUAGGCCAUUUAUUUAAAUUAUAUCGUGAAGCAAAUUAUCAAUUUAAUUUAUAUGAUUUAUUUAUCGUAUUUAAAGAUACUUUACCAAAGGAGGAAAUUUUAAAAUUUCUUCAUGAUGAAAACCAAUUGAAUUCGAACAAAAAAUUGAAAGAACUAGUUAUAAAUAAUGAUGACAACGUUCUAUAUGAAAAGGUAACGUUAGUUUUAUUUUUACAAGCAGUUUCUGAAUUUGAGCAUAUGGGUAUUAUAAAGCCAGUAGGCAUCAAAAAUAAUUCUGAUCAAUAUGAAAAAGUUAUUUGGAGAGGCAUAUAA